GAGGAGGAGAUACAUAACUGCGACUCCAUACGUAGCUAUCGUUUGAGAUUCCUUGGAAGGCCAGAUUGAGGCCGCCAACGGACGGAUCCUUGAGUGCUCAGCUCCACUCGCCCCGACCCUCUCCUCCCCUUCGGCUCUCCAUCCGUCUCCUCUUUACACCUCUCUUUCAUUCCCGUGAGCCUCUCAAUCGCGAAACCCUGCGACCCGUCAUACAAUUAUUCUCUGUCACGUAGUCAGGUUUGGGGCCUGGGUUCGCUCUUAUUCCCUUCGUCGAUUGGUCAGUCUUCUUCGCCGGUCCGAUCGCUGUUUCAUCAUAUCCACCGUUCUCCGUGUCAGCUCCAGUACCAACUCCUGUCUCGAACAUCAUCGGAUUAUCGGCUAGUUCGCAUUCCCUUUCCCUCUCAUCCACCAUUAGACGGCGUCCUGAUCGAUCCUCAACCUCUGGUUGAAGCAACAAAGAGAAGAUGGCUUCGAAUGAUCGCACGCAAUUGGACGGUCCAGACCAUGCCAUAAACACUGGUGACUCGAUAUCCGCUGCUCCCGACUCCUCACAACCGGUUUCCAGCUCGACUAUUGACGUUAGCGAAAGUGCGAACAAGACUUCAUUACCGGCAGAAGCGCCGAAGGAUAAUAUGGCGGCUGAUCUGUCGAAUACUGGGACCGCAGACAAUGGGAACGCUGCACUCGCUCCUUCAGACCAAACUAAUUCGGAGGCUAUUGUUCCAACCUCUGCAUCGCCUGAAACGGAGGAGCAGAAAGUAGCGACUCCGGCACCUGAGUUGUCGUCUGAUGCUUCGGUUAAAGAGCCAGAACAGUCUGGGCCGUCUCUGACUAUCGUCCUGCUUUUAAUAACGGGCACACGAUACCCAUUCAAGAUUGAUGCGAACUAUUUGCGAAAAAGGGAUAUCAGCGUGGAUAACUAUGACCCGUUUUCCAUGAGCGUCUACACUUUGAAGGAGUUGAUUUGGAGGGCAUGGCAGGACGAUUGGGAGCCUCGGCCGUCAUCUCCUAGCUCGAUCCGUCUAAUAUCCUUUGGAAAACUCCUUGAUGAUAAAUCUCCUCUCUCAGAUUCCAAGUUCAGCCGUGACGCACCCAACGUGGUGCACAUGACUGUUAAACCCCAGGAGAUUGUGGACGAGGAGGACGCCAAAGGUGGCAAGGCGCAGUAUUCUCGCGAUCGAGAAGCCAGCGAACGGAGCCCUCGGUGUCGCUGUGUCAUUCAAUAAAGAUUGAUGGUUCGUACGUAUAUUCAUGGACUGUACCUUGCACGUUAUCCACUGGAUGGAGAC